CCAAGAACUAGGCAACCUCGAGAUGACCUCCAUGGGAUACACAUGAACUGGCCGGAAACAUAAAUUAACCAUGUGACCAAACUGAUCUUUGCAGUGGCCUAUAGAGCCAUGGAUGAUGCAGCAGUCCUCAAGAAAAGAGGCUACAUUAUGGGAGGCAAUAUAGGAGAAGGCUCUUAUGCCAAGGUGAAAUCAGCCUACUCCGAACGACUGAAGUUCGAUGUCGCUGUAAAAAUCAUAGACCAGAAAAGGGCUCCUCAGGACUUUCUGGAGAAGUUUCUUCCGAGAGAAAUUGCCAUCUUAGCCAAAGUGAACCACCGAUCCAUCAUAAAAACCUAUGAGAUUUUUGAAACGUCAGAUGGCAAAUUGUAUAUUGUGAUGGAACUUGGCAUCCAUGGGGAUCUGCUGGAGUUUAUCAAGACCAGAGGGGCGUUGCCUGAGGAAAUUGCACGCGAGAUGUUCUGUCAGUUAUGCGCAGCCAUAAAGUAUUGUCACGAUGCCGACAUUGUCCACCGGGACUUGAAGUGUGAAAAUCUCCUUCUGGACAAAGAUUAUCACAUCAAGCUUACGGACUUUGGCUUCUCCAAAUGGUUGGCCCGUGAUGAAGAGGGCAGAGUGAUCCACAGCAAAACCUUUUGUGGCUCAGCGGCUUAUGCAGCCCCAGAAGUGCUUCAGGGCAUCCCCUACGAGCCCAAGACCUACGAUAUGUGGAGUCUCGGCGUUGUCCUGUACAUCAUGGUUUGUGGCUCCAUGCCUUACGAUGACUGCAACAUUCAGAAAAUGUUGAGACUCCAGAAGGAACACCGAGUACAUUUCCCCAAGUCUAAAAACCAGAGUGUGGAGUGCAGAGACCUGAUCUAUCGCAUGCUGCAGCCAGAUGUGAGCCGGCGGCUGCAGAUCGAAGAGGUGAUCAACCACGUUUGGAUGCAACCUGACGGAUCCAAAGCUGAGUCCACGACUUCUGUCUCCAGGAAUGGAGAGAGCUCCUGGAUGGCAUUGGCGAGUGAGCAGAAGGCAGACCUGGAGACCAUUCACAAGCCAGAGACCAAGCCAGCCCCACACACCAGACUCAAAGCGGUGCAAGAAGCAAAGGACCUGACGGAAAACUAAGACAUCAACCAACUAGCAGCGAAGUUGCAGGAAGCAGAGUUCUAAUAGUCACAUACCAGGGCAAAAUAUGAGGAUCUGCAUCUACAAUGUAAAUUGAUUCUUAGUAAGGAGGGGCAAAUGUUUCCUGACUUUCUUUCAGUGUCUGUCUUAUGCACCUGAAGCUGCAUUCUGCAGAAUUAAGUCAUUCUAAGAGCAGAAAUACAGUAUUUCUAAAUACUUACUUUUCUAUUUAUAUUUAACUACUUUUGUGUUACUUUUACUUUAAAGAGUGAACAGUUUAUUUUACACACACAUACACACACGUGUGUGUGUGUGUGUAUAAUAAAAGACUUCUAAUUUUUUAAACUUAAAGAAGGAUCUCUUUUUUAUUUUUACCUAACACCUUCUUUGCACUAUUUUUACUUAAGUAUUUUGCCCCAGUUUCUAUUUUCUAAAUACUGUAACUACUUUUCUAUUUUUUUCUUUCUCACUUAAAUAUCUGCUUUCCCUACAAUGUCUCUAAAGGCGGAAAUAAAGCAUAAAUCCCCGGA